CCAGAAGCAGGCUUCUCCUCCCUCCCGAAGAUGCCCUUCCUCCUCCUGGACCUCCUCCUCUUCCUCCUCCUCUGCCCGCUGCCCGCCCGACCAGCCAGUGCUGAUAUCUCAGUGGUGAUCCCAGAACGGGUGCCGCAGGAGCAGAUCCAUCUCCUGCAAGCCAAAGGGAACCAGGUGCGGAGAGACCGGAGCCGGCGUUCUGCAUCACUCGACCCCGAAGAGGAAGGAGAUGAGGAAGUGGCACCGCUCUUGAUCCGCCUUCCUACAGGAAGUGGCCUUCACCUGGGCUCUGACCUCUACCUGAGCCUCCGUCCGAAUGCACAGUUCUUGGCACCUGGGUUUUCGGUGCAGGAAAUCCCUGAGGAUCCAAGUGUCAAUCGUAACGCCGGUGUGGAUCGGAGUUGCUUUUACACAGGCCAUGUGCUCAAUCGCAGCGUCGACUCCUUUGCUUCGCUCAGCACCUGCAAUGGGCUGGUUGGCUUGAUCCAGAUUGAGUCGGAACAAGUGCAGAUACAUCCGGUGAACACGUCGGAGGUGUCAUUCGAUGGGAAGGAGCACUUCCUCAGACGCAAAAGGUCCGCUCAAUCGGCCCGCCCUGUCCAGCUGGGGGUCCCAGGGGAACACUGCAAAGUGGUGGCAGAAAAGAAGAGGCAAAAAAAGGCCAAGCUGACCAACGACUGGAGAGAACGGAGGAAUGCUAUUCGGCUGAUGAAUGAAUACACCGUGGAAACCCUUGUGGUGGCAGAUUCGGACAUGGUCCAGUACCACGGAGCAGACGCGGCUCAGAGGUUCAUUCUCACUGUGAUGAACAUGGGUUUGGUAGUCAGUGAAGGCAGUCCAGCCUUUGCAAUGCAGGUUCCAUUCUGUGCCUGCUACGAAUCUGUUGACUGUUCCGUGUUUACAUGGUGCUUUCCCUCACUGUUUUACUUAUUUCUUGUUUCUAGGACAGAUUUCUGUGUCCAUAAAGAUGAGCCCUGUGACACAGUGGGCAUCGCCUACCUGGGGGGCAUCUGCAGUGCCAAGCGGAAGUGUGUCCUCGCCGAAGACAACGGACUGAACUUGGCCUUCACCAUUGCCCACGAAUUAGGACACAACAUGGGGAUGAGCCAUGAUGAUGAUCACUUGUCUUGUGCUGGGCGGUCGCACAUCAUGUCUGGAGAAUGGGUCAAGGGUAGGAAUCCCAGCGACCUGUCCUGGUCUUCCUGCAGUCGCGAUGACCUUGAAAAGUUUCUCAAGUCCAAGGUCAGCACGUGUUUGUUGGUGACGGAUCCAAGGAGCCGAUAUGCGGUGCGGCUUCCAUACAAACUCCCAGGGAUGCAUUACAGUGCUGACGAGCAGUGCCAGAUCCUUUUUGGAACCAAUGCAACUUUCUGCAAGAAUAUGGAGCAUUUGAUGUGUGCUGGUCUCUGGUGCCUUGUGGAAGGAGACGCUUCAUGCAAAACCAAACUGGACCCCCCUUUGGAUGGCACGGAAUGUGGGGCAGACAAGUGGUGCCGAACUGGGGAGUGUGUGAGCAAGACCCCCAUCCCUGAACAUGUUGAUGGAGACUGGAACAUGUGGAGCCAGUGGAGCAUGUGCAGCAGGACGUGUGGGACCGGGGCCAGGUUCAGGCAACGCAAAUGUGACAACCCACCUCCUGGGCCUGGGGGCAAAAACUGCCACGGAGCGAGUGUGGAGCACACAGUUUGUGAAAACCCGCCCUGUCCCAAAGGGACACCCACCUUCCGGGACCAACAGUGCCAGUCUCAUGACCGAUUCACCAAGAAGAAAAGCCUUUGGACCGCUGUCAUCGUGGAUGAAAAGCCCUGCGAACUGCAUUGCUUCCCUUUUGGGAAGGAGUCUCCUGUGCUGGUAUCAGAUCGGGUCGUGGAUGGGACACCGUGCGGGCCGUAUGAGAUGGAUCUCUGCGUUCAUGGCAAGUGCCAGAAAAUUGGCUGCGAUGGGAUCAUUGGCUCGGCUGCCCGAGAGGACCGCUGCGGCAUCUGCAACGGAGACGGCAAAACCUGCAAAGUGGUGAGAGGAGACUUCAACCAUACCAAAGGGAUGGUCUCCAAUAGUCAAUGUAAGAAGGUUUCUACCUGUGUGAUGGCAAAAGCAAAGGCAGUCCCCAAAUGCUUCUCAUGCUACAUUGAGGCAGCCGUGAUCCCAGCCGGGGCUCGGAGGAUCCGCGUGAUGGAGGAUAAGCCUGCACACAGUUUUCUUGCUUUGAAAGAUUCCAGUAAGAAGUCCAUCAAUAGCGACUGGAAAAUUGAACUUCCUGGUGAGUUUCAGAUUGCGGGAACGACCAUCCGGUACGUGCGGAGAGGCCUGUGGGAGAAAAUCUCCGCCAAAGGACCAACCAAAAUACCCCUCCACCUGAUGGUGCUGUUAUUCCAUGACCAGAACUAUGGGAUCCACUACGAGUACACAAUCCCUGUGAACUACUCUGCCGAAAUCAGGAAUGAACCCGACCUUCAGCAGGAGUCCUUGUACAUCUGGACCCAUAGUGGGUGGGAAGGAUGCAGUGUCCAGUGUGGAGGAGGGGAACGUAAAACCAUUGUGUCCUGUACGCAAAUAGUUAACAAGAGCAUGAUGUUGGUGAAUGACAGCGCUUGCCAGCGCGUGACCCGUCCAGAACCUCAAAUCAGAAGGUGCAACGUGCAUCCCUGCCAGUCAAGGUGGGUGGCAGGGCAGUGGAGCCCUUGCUCCGCAACCUGCGCCAAAGGCACCCAGCGCCGAGAAGUGACCUGCGUCUAUCAGCUGCAGAACGGCACCUACGUCAACACCAGGGAUCUCUACUGCCUCGCUCCCAAGCCCACCGCCUUCCAAAGCUGCGAAGGCCGAGACUGCGUCUCCAUCUGGGAAGCAUCAGAAUGGUCUAAGUGCUCCUCCAGCUGCGGGCGCGGGAAGCAGAAGCGCACGGUCACAUGCACCAACUCACAAGGGAAGUGCGACGCAGCCACACGGCCCAGGGAAGAAGAGGAAUGUGAGGACCACACUGGCUGUUAUGAAUGGAAGACUGGCGACUGGUCCAAGUGUUCUUCAACCUGUGGCAAAGGCCUUCAGUCCCGGGUGGUCCAGUGCAUGCACAAGGUCACAGGCCGCCACGGCAACGAGUGUCCCACCCUUUCCAAGCCUGCAGCCUAUCGGCAGUGUCACCAGGAAGCCUGCAAUGAGAAGAUCAACGUCAACACCAUCACCUCUCCAAGGCUUGCGGCUCUGACCUAUAAAUGCGCAGGAGACCAGUGGACGGUGUACUGCCGGGUGAUUCGAGAGAAGAACCUCUGCCAGGACAUGAGGUGGUAUCAGCGCUGCUGCCAGACCUGCAGAGACUUCUACGCCAGCAAGAUGCAACAGAAGAGUUAAUGCCACCUGCUCUGGCUCCUUAGGUCUUCCGAUAGCGUGUCAUCGACUUAUGGGACCCGUGACCACAAGACGUGGCAAGAGCCACACAGAUUAGACUCGCACAUGGGGGAAUCGGGUCUCUCAAAGGCUAAAAGCCAUGGGAAUGACAUCAAACUGCCAAGGUCUGAGCAGCAGGUGCCUCUGGCCAUCCGAAUUGGGAAGACAGCCAUUGCCACUCAUGCAUAGGUAGGUGCCAACUAUGGAAAACCAGCACGACCUAAUCCGGCAAAACAUGUGUCCAUGGCCGCUGCAAGGAAGGUCUGUUUACCAAAUCUUCGGCGAGUCGCUGAACUUGGUGGAUUCCAAAGCUUACCUAAUAAGACUUGAAAUUCCUUUUGCAGACUGGAUGAAUCAAAGCAGUCCACCACAGAAAAAGGAGAAGGAGGAGGAGUUGAAUUCAUCUCGAAGCCAACUGCGUAUAACUCUAUGUUGCUUUGACACUACUGCUUCCCCUCCCUUUCCCUGCCCGGUAAUAUAUAGAUUAUUUCCAGCCACUGGAUGGCUUGCUACAAUUGUUGAAAAGUGACUAAAUCGACUAAAGUUAGCUGUGUCUCGACAGGGUGGUAAAUAGCUCAACGUAGGUAGAGACGUUACUUAAUGCUUCGGCCUUGGCUUCGAGGUCCAGCUUCCAGCCUGAAAAGGUGGGCGGAGGAGGAGGAUGGUUCAAAUGUGAAGGAAGCCGUUAAUGAAAUGCUUAAUUUGACAAAGAGGCUUUGCUAGGAAAGCUCCUGACCGCUAAGCAGAAAGGGUGGCUUAAAAAUCCCUCUAGACAGCCCAACGUUUCAAACUAGGUAUGAUUUCAAAGAAGAAAGAAACUCAAACACAGAACAAGCUUUCCUUCUGCUUUGCCCUCCCU